CUACUUUUCACUCUGAGUUAGAUCAUCCUGGCUUUGUGGCUAAGAUCCUAUACUCGAAGUGUCUUACUCAACCUCCCCCCGCUGGUUAACUUCACUCUUGGGGUGGCGGAUGCAGAGAUUCUAAGAUGACAAAGGCAGAGAAGAGGUUAGACAAGCUGAAGAAAGUUGUGGAUAAAAGAAUUAGAGUCAGAAACAGGGAGACACGACACUCAUCAGGUUCAGAAGAAGAUGUUCUGUUGGAAAAAGAGAAGGGGCAUGUUGUCGAUCCAAAAAGUUUGUGGUUGAUACCAAGUCAGAAGCUGCCAAGAUUAAAACAAUCAGAAGGAGAAGGUGCUUUCAUGGCUUUAGUCUCAAAAGGCAAUGUGAAUGGCGUAGCAGCAUUUUUCAGGGCACACCCUGGCUUCAACCUCAACUGUCGGAAUUACCGAGGACACACACCCCUGUUCAAGGCAGUACAGAAUGAAGAUGAACACAUGGUAAAAUACCUUGUCUCCUUGCAAGGUAUCCAACUUCGAGAUGAGGUGUUACAUGGUAUUCAACAGGGCAAUGUUGCUAUUGUUGAAUUGCUGCUCAGUAAACAGUUGUCUGUACAUGUAUCUGUGGCAGUUGAUAGUAUUGAGUUCACCGAAGACAUCACACCUUUGAUUCUUGCUGCCCACUGUGACAAUUAUGAAAUGAUAAGGCUUCUGCUUGAAAGAGGACACAGGAUUAAGAAACCACAUAUGCCCACUUGUUUCUGCAAGAAGCAGUGUCAGGGCAGAAAAAAGGGGGAGAGUUUGACCGAGUCUCGCUCACGGAUCAGCAUUUACAAGGCUCUGGCUGGACCCAGUUACUUGGCUCUCACAGCCUCUGACCCCAUACUGACUGCGUUCCUACUCAGUGAUGAACUGAUACAUUGUGCCAGUAUAGAAAAAGAGUUUGUGAACGACUACCUGGAGUUGUCUGCCCAGUGUUCUAAGUUUGCCGUUGAUCUCCUCCACCAGUGCAAGAAGACUGAAGAAGUGCAGACCCUGCUUGAAUGCCGGGAGGGUAGCCAUGCCCUUGGUGGGAGACAGAUGAGAUUUCCUAGGAUUGGCCUAGCCCUUGAUUUUGGACAGAAAGAUUUUGUGGCACAUUCAAAUUGUCAACAGAUUUUGCGGACAGCCUGGUUAGCAGAAUGGGGAGACUGGAAAAGCCUGUCAUCAGCUGGGAAACUCCUACGCGUGGUGCCGAGGAUUGUACUGUUGCCUCUCAUUGCCCUGGUCUACCUCUUCUUUCCCUACACGAAACUGGCCAAGUCUCUUGGGUCACCCAUCAAAAAGUUCCUGACUGGGACAGCCUCGUAUGUGGUAUUCCUUAUGAUAUUAGGUGCCCAGCAUGAAUUGUAUCGGAGGGAUCCACGGAGAGGUCCACCAAUAACAGUUUUUGAAACAGGUUUAGAGGUUCCCAUUGUCAUCUAUUUACUGGGCUUCCUAUGGCUUGAGUUAAAACAAGCCUGGAUUCUUGGUUGGCGGCGAUAUAUCGGUCUUUGGUGGAACAGGUUUGUCUUGUUCUAUGCUCGUUCACGCAAGUUUGAUUUUUCAUGCUUUUUGAAUAACCCUCUUUUGGUUCGUGCAAUCUUGCAGCCACCUGUUUUUUCCUGCUCUAAUCAUGGUUUGUUUCUGUUUCUCAUACUGUUGAAUUUUGUCCUUGUUUUCAGGUAUGACUUGAUCAUGAUUGGUAGCUUUACUGCCACAUUUAGCUGCUGGUUAUGGUCAUACCUGACCAUUGAGGAGGAGGACUAUGACAUGGAGAGAAAGUUCUGGAACCCAUAUGACCCAACUCUGAUCGGCGAGGGCUUGAUGGCAUUUUCGACUGUAUUGGCAUUUGGAAGAAUCCUGUAUAUCUUACAAGUCCAUCACAAUUUAGGACCUUUGCUGGUCUCUAUCAGUCGGAUGUUCAAAGAUGUCGCCAUCUUCAUGGCAAUCUUCGCCAUUGUCUUGGGUUCAUUCACCAUGGGAAUGAGCUCCCUGUACGAGUAUUACAAUGGACAGCACAGAGUUGAUGCUGUUGGGAGAAAGUAUUAUCAGAUGGCCUCCUUUGUCAACAUGCAAGCUACAGUGAAGACAUUAUUCUGGGGAAUCUUUGCCAUGUCCCCGUAUGAUGCUCCAGAUGUUGUGAUCGAGAACAUUGGUGGCAACUCAACUCAUCCUGUCUUCAACAAGCACAAGUUCACUGAGGGCAUAGGCUAUGCCUUGUUCAGUAUCUACCACAUUAUUACGGUCAUUGUACUACUGAACUUGUUGAUUGCUAUGAUGUCGGACACUUACCAAAAAGUGCAGGAUAAUGCUGAUGUGGAGUGGAAGUUUGCACGAACCCGUGUUUGGCUCAGCUACUUUGAGGAGGGUGGAACACUGCCUCCACCAUUCAAUCUGAUCCCUAGCCCAAAAGCUAUUUUUGAUGUGUUUCUCUGGAUCUUCAAUGUGGUGAGAGCAGACAAAAGUAUCAGAUGUUCAUUCAGGCGCUGCUGUCACUAUGAAGAUGACUUUGAUGAGGAGGAGUUCAAUGCAUCGUAUCAGAGUUUAAUUACAAAACUGAUCCAGCGUUACCUCAGAUGUAAGGAAGAGGAGAAGAAGCACCGUGAAGUCACAUUAUCAGAUCUAGAGGCGAUCAGGAUCGAGAUCAUGGCAAUCAAGAAGAUGACCAUUGAGGUACAGGAGGCAGUGAAUAAGACGGAGCAGACAAGGUCAACAUCAAGGUCUCUCCGGCCUGAUACUGCAAACAAUGUGUUCUUGGUUGACCCUACUGGAGAAUGAUAAGCUUACUCUACUCGCGGAUGAUAAGUUGACCCUACUCGAGAGUGAUUAGUUUACCCUACCAGAGAAUGAUCUGUACCCUACUGGAGAAUGUCUAGUUUACCCUACUAGAGAAUGAUAUGUACCCUACUGGAGAAUGAUCUGUACCCUACUGGAGAAUAACUAGUUUACCCUACAAGAGAAUGAUCUGUACCCUACUCGAGAGUGAUUAGUUGACCCUACUAGAAAAUGAUCUGUACCCUACUGGAGAAUGACUAGUUUAUCCUACUAGAGAAUGAUCUGUACCCUACUGGAGAAUGACUAGUUUAGCCUACUAGAGAAUGAUCUGUACCCUACUGGAGAAUGACUAGUUUACCCUACUAGAGAAUGAUAUGUACCCUACUGGAGAAUAACUAGUUUACCCUACUGGAGAAUGAUCUGUACCCUACUGGAGAAUGACUAGUUUACCCUACUAGAGAAUGAUAUGUACCCUACUGGAGAAUGAUCUGUACCCUACUGGAGAAUAACUAGUUUACCCUACUAGAGAAUGAUCUGUACCCUACUGGAGAAUGAUCUGUACCCUACUCGAGAGUGACUAGUUUACCCUACUAGAGAAUGAUCUGUACCCUACUGGAGAAUGAUCUGUACCCUACUCGAGAGUGAUUAGUUGACCCUACUAGAGAAUGAUCUCUACCCUACUGGAGAAUGACUAGUUUACCCUACUAGAGAAUGAUCUGUACCCAACUGGAGAAUGACUAGUUUACCCGACUGGAUGGUCUACACAUGUAAUUGUGAGUGGCCCCCUUGGGUUUAUUGUGUCAACAUGAGAUGACCUCUUCUUCUUUGGAUGUGCCAAGUUUUGUUUUGUUACUGUUAACUGUACAGCUUUACAUUGUAAUGCACUUUCUAAUAAAAUUGAUUAA